AUGGAGGCUCGUGGGACAGGGCAAGCGACGCCGCUUGUGCGCGAGGAGGCGACGGUACCCGGCAACGGGAUUCCGGGGGACGGAGGCAGCGUUCCCCCGNGUGGGGACGGCGGUAGCGAUGGUGAUCCCGGCGACUCCGAGAACCUCGAGGAGUUGAAGUAUGAUCCAGCCGACGACCGCUACCCCCACGGGCUAGAAGGGAAGAAACUCCUCUGUGGCGCCUGGAACGCUGGCCCGCUGCGCCAUGGGCUUGAGAGUGGCCGCACGCGGAAGCAGACCCGGGAGAUGCAAGGUGCCGGGGAGAUGCCGGGGCCCGGAGAAACAUCGUACCCGGAAGAGGCACUGCUGGCGACCAUCCUGGAAACUGGCGGGACGGGGAUUGUUGAGGACUACAUGUGCAACUCGCUUGUGAAGGAGCAGUGGGACGAGGAGCAGACACGCCGUAUGGAGGAGAUGUACAGGCGCGAGAUGCAGGAGGUGUUGGGCCCGGAACAGCAGGCGUUCGGGGCCGAGGUCGACGCCAGCGGGUCUUUGCAACCACUCCCAGACCCACAGCUAAGUAUGACCUAGCCAAUCGGGCAGAAGCCGAGUGAUGUGGAAGCAGUACCGAUGACGUACAAGGAUGUGAGGUGU